UCUUUUCCGCCGAGGACAAAUUCGUUUAUUUCGGCGCUGUGGUCUUCCUCCGAGGCAAUAAUGUUUACUUUGUCAUUCUGGUUUUCGAUGAUUGACUACAAAGGUUUUGCAGCAGCUGGACAUUCAUUGGUUUGUAAUGGAACGUGGUUCGAGGAACUUUGAGGAUCUUAUCCAGCUAGUGUAUAGCUUAAUAUUCUCUGACUCUGCACGCCCACGUUCGCUAUGGUAGACUUAGUCUCUGGGUGUCUGCUGAAAAGAAUUUAUCCUUCUCGGCUGACCAGACCGUGGAGUCCUCCUAUAUACACUCCUCCGCCUCGGAUUUCAACUCAGGCUCGCGACUCACUCACUGACCCCCUUUGUCACGAAUGUCUAGGAUGUAUCUUUGUUCUAACCAAUUUCAGAAGUAUGCCCGCUAUCUUCUUAGCCGUCUUGCCGUGGGCAGGUAUAAAAGGCGGCUGUAGCUCUAUGCUUGAAUCUCUUAAUUUUCUCCACGAUGUCGAACCCCCAACUAAAUACGCUCUUCCAACCUCUUCAGCUCGGACCUAUCACGCUUAAGAACAGAGUGUUCAUGUCUUCCAUGACGCGUAACCGCUCGAUUCCUACUAAUGUUCCGAAUGAUAUCAUGGUUGAGUAUUACAGGCAACGCGCUGCUGGUGGUGCUGGCCUCAUCAUUGCUGAAGGGAUCCUCAUUUCUCAACAAGGAACUGAGUGGAAAAACGCUCCCGGAAUAUGGUCCGAGGAGCAGACCAUGGGAUGGAAGAAGAUUACGGACGUUGUGCAUGCAGAGGGGAGUGUCAUAUAUGCUCAGCUCUGGCACCUUGGACGAGUAAGCCAUCCCGAUGCUCCCGAACAAAUCGCCUCCGGACUGCCCGUAUAUGCUCCUUCGGCGAUUUCUGCAAGAGGAGGAAAGUUCAGGUUUCUCCCUGGUGCGCCUGGUUAUGUAACACCUACUGCUAUCGAAAAUCCGCGCGACAUCAUUUCGGUGUUCAAGCAAGCAGCUAUCAAUGCUAAGGAAGCUGGUUUCGAUGGCGUAGAAAUUCACGGGGCUAAUGGGUAUUUGAUACCUCAGUUCCUCGAUAGCACCUCAAAUCACCGUACGGAUGAGUGGGGUGGUAGCAUUGAGAAUCGUUCUCGAUUCGGUCUUGAGGUCCUCAAAGCUGUUAUCGAUGUAUGGGGUGCAGACAGAGUAGGUAUUAAGCUCAAUCCCACGGGGGGAUACAACGACGUCGGCUCUUCCUCGCCUGUCUUGGAUAGGAUGCCCUUGGAGGAAACCCUACAGACAUUCAAGUACUUCAUCUCCGAAGUCGAUAAGCUCAAAAUCGCUUAUGUCACCCUGGUGCGAUACGCAGAGUUCCUCGACCCUAUCAUCGACGGGAGCCAUCGCGCUAUCAAGCACGAUGUCAUAUCCACGUACGCGCCUCUGUUGGAGAACGCGCUAGCGUUCGGGAACGCUGCGUUUACGGGUGAAGAGGCUGCCCGGUAUGUAUCGGAAGGAAAGCUUGCGGGUGUAUUUUUUGGUGUGCCGUGGAUUGCACAUCCGGACUUUGCAAAACGGUUGCAGUAUGGAAAGCCGUUGGACGCACAUCUGGAUUUUACUACUUUGUACGGCCUUGGGAGGGAUAUGGAAACUGAAAAGAAGGGAUACAUUGAUUAUCCGCCCGCGGAGUAUUAG